AGUGCACGUCGGGCAAGAGGAAGACCUCCAGAAGCACCCCGCGCAGCGCGGCUGUGUUUGCGGCCUGUGCGAAUAGGCGCUGCGGACGGACGCACUCUCUGGGCGAGCGGCGCGCAGAAACCUUGACCUGGUGGAGCCCACUCGUAACCUGGAGCCUGGAAGGCAGCGAAGACAGUAAUAAUUCCUCAGCGGCGGACUGCUGCAGUAAGAAUGUCUUUCCCCCCACAUUUGAAUCGCCCUCCCAUGGGAAUCCCAGCUCUCCCACCAGGGAUUCCACCCCCACAGUUUCCUGGCUUUCCUCCACCUGUACCUCCAGGAACCCCAAUGAUUCCUGUACCAAUGAGCAUUAUGGCUCCUGCUCCAACUGUCUUAGUACCCACUGUGUCUAUGGUUGGAAAGCAUUUGGGAGCAAGAAAGGAUCACCCAGGCCUAAAGACUAAAGAGAAUGAUGAAAAUUGUGGUCCUACGACGACAGUUUUUGUUGGCAACAUUUCCGAGAAAGCCUCAGACAUGCUUAUAAGACAGCUCUUAGCUAAAUGUGGCUUGGUUUUGAGCUGGAAGAGAGUACAGGGUGCUUCUGGAAAACUUCAAGCCUUUGGAUUCUGUGAGUAUAAGGAGCCUGAAUCUACUCUUCGUGCACUCAGAUUAUUGCAUGACCUGCAGAUUGGAGAGAAGAAGCUACUUGUUAAAGUUGAUGCAAAGACAAAGGCGCAACUGGAUGAAUGGAAAGCAAAGAAGAAAGCUAAUGGGACUGCCAGACCAGAAACUGUCACUAAUGAUGAUGAAGAAGCUUUAGAUGAAGAAACAAAGAGAAGGGAUCAGAUGAUUAAAGGGGCCAUUGAAGUUUUAAUACGUGAAUACUCCAGCGAGCUAAAUGCCCCCUCACAGGAAUCUGACUCUCACCCUAGGAAGAAGAAGAAGGAAAAGAAGGAAGACAUUUUCCGCAGAUUUCCAGUGGCCCCACUGAUCCCUUAUCCACUCAUCACUAAGGAGGAUAUAAAUGCGAUAGAAAUGGAAGAAGAUAAAAGAGACCUGAUUUCCCGAGAGAUCAGCAAAUUCAGAGACACACACAAGAAACUGGAAGAAGAGAAAGGCAAAAAGGAAAAAGAAAGACAGGAAAUUGAGAAAGAACGGAGAGAAAGAGAGAGGGAGCGUGAAAGGGAACGAGAAAGGCGAGAACGGGAACGAGAAAGGGAAAGAGAACGUGAACGAGAAAAGGAGAAGGAACGGGAGCGGGAACGAGAACGAGAUAGGGACCGUGACCGGACAAAAGAGAGAGAUCGGGAUCGAGAGAGAGAUCGUGACCGGGACCGGGAAAGGAGCUCAGAUCGUAAUAAGGAUCGGAGUCGAUCAAGAGAAAAGAGCAGAGAUCGUGAAAGGGAACGGGAGCGGGAAAGAGAGAGAGAGCGAGAACGAGAGCGAGAAAGAGAACGGGAGCGAGAGAGAGAGCGAGAGAGGGAGCGGGAGCGAGAGAGAGAGAAAGAUAAGAAACGGGACCGAGAAGAGGAUGAAGAAGAUGCAUAUGAGCGAAGAAAACUUGAAAGAAAACUCCGAGAGAAAGAAGCUGCUUAUCAAGAGCGCCUUAAGAAUUGGGAAAUCAGAGAACGAAAGAAAACCCGGGAAUAUGAGAAAGAGGCUGAAAGAGAAGAGGAAAGAAGAAGAGAAAUGGCAAAAGAAGCUAAAAGACUAAAAGAAUUCUUAGAAGACUAUGAUGAUGACAGAGAUGAUCCCAAAUACUACAGGGGAAGUGCUCUUCAGAAAAGGUUGCGUGAUAGAGAAAAGGAGAUGGAAGCAGAUGAACGAGAUAGGAAGAGAGAAAAGGAAGAGCUUGAGGAAAUCAGGCAACGUCUUCUAGCAGAAGGGCACCCAGAUCCGGAUGCAGAGCUGCAGAGGAUGGAACAAGAGGCUGAGAGGCGCAGACAACCACAAAUAAAGCAAGAGCCAGAAUCAGAGGAGGAGGAGGAAGAAAAGCAAGAAAAAGAAGAAAAACGAGAAGAACCUGUGGAAGAGGAAGAAGAGCCAGAGCAAAAGCCCUGUCUCAAACCCACUCUGAGGCCCAUCAGCUCUGCCCCAUCUGUUUCCUCUGCCAGUGGUAAUGCAACACCCAACACUCCUGGGGAUGAGUCUCCAUGUGGCAUUAUUAUUCCUCACGAAAACUCUCCAGAUCAACAACAACCCGAGGAGCAUAGGCCAAAGAUAGGACUGAGUCUUAAAUUGGGUGCUUCCAAUAGUCCUGGUCAACCUAAUUCUGUGAAGAGAAAGAAACUACCUGUAGAUAGUGUCUUUAACAAAUUUGAGGAUGAAGAUAGUGAUGAUGUACCCCGAAAAAGGAAACUAGUUCCCUUGGAUUAUGGUGAAGAUGAUAAAAAUGCUGCCAAAGGCACUGUAAACACUGAAGAAAAGCGCAAACACAUUAAGAGCCUCAUCGAGAAAAUCCCUACAGCCAAACCUGAGCUCUUUGCUUAUCCCCUGGAUUGGUCUAUUGUGGAUUCUAUACUGAUGGAACGACGAAUUAGACCAUGGAUUAAUAAGAAAAUCAUAGAAUACAUAGGUGAAGAAGAAGCUACAUUAGUUGAUUUUGUUUGUUCUAAGGUUAUGGCUCAUAGUUCACCACAGAGCAUUUUAGAUGAUGUUGCCAUGGUACUUGAUGAAGAAGCAGAAGUUUUUAUAGUCAAAAUGUGGAGAUUAUUGAUAUAUGAAACAGAAGCCAAGAAAAUUGGUCUUGUGAAGUAAAACUCUUUUUACAUUUAGAGUUCCAUUUCAGAUUUCUUCUUUCUCACCUUUUAGAGGACUUUGAUUUUUUUUUUUUUUUUUGGUCUUCAAAGACAUUUGUGAGAUCUGUAAUUUUUUUUUUUUUUUUAAUGUAGAAAAUGUGAAUUUUUUUGUCCUCUAAUUUGUUUAUGCUCUGUGUACUCCCUUGGUUGUAAAGUCAUCUGAAUCCUUGGUUCUCUUUACACUCACCAGGUACAGAUUACUGGUAUGUUUUAUAAGACGCAGCUACUGUACACAGCCUAUCUGAUAUAAUCUUGUUCUGCUGAUUUAUUCCUUGUAAAUAUUAAAAUGACUCCCCAAUUCUUAUGCAGAAUUGCACUUAAUAUUGAACUGUACUGUAUAGGAACCAACAUGAAUGAUUUCAAUUGAAAGAAUACCAGUCAUAUCUAUUGCCACUCCCUCCCCCAUGAUCAGAAAUGGUAAGCUCUCGUGAAGGUGUGAAAUUUAAACUUAGAGUGCAAAAAGUAGCAGACAAUCUAUUCCUACUGUAUCUCUGUAUGAAUGUGUUUGUGUGUGAAUGUAUGUGUAAAAGUCUUUUCCCCCAAUUGCUUUGGCUCCCUUAUACAUUUCCUAAUUGAAGAAUAGAAUCGUAAAGGAAAAGUGAUAUUGUGCCAACCCAGUGUCUGGUAUAAUUAGGAUAUUCGUUUCCCAGAGCAUGGUAUUCUCCUGUGGUGAACAACAGUUUGGUAUCAGGAUGGGGUUUCCCUGUUGAUAGCUGGCUGCUUCAGCUUCUCUUUUUAUUUUAUUUUUUAUUUAUUUUUUUUUUCCAGUUUCUUUUAAAGGAGGGUGGAUCAUAGUGAUUUUUGUCCCUAAUUUUAUUGCUCAGAAAUGAGGCAGAUAAAAUUCUGGAGAGCUUUAUUUAAUGCAUUUUUGCACUAAUAGGUCCUUAGUUUAAUUUUGGUGUACUCCUUUGUUUUUUAUUUUUUUUUAAGAAAGUCUUUAUUCCAAAAGCAUAAGUGAAAAAAAAAAUCCUUUUAAAAACAAAAGAUAAAAUUUGGCAAGUUUAUAGACAGGAGAGUUUGACAACACAAUAGAAAUUUAGCUUGGCAAUGUACACAGUUUUCAUCUCAUUUCUAAGGACAAAGUAAAUCAUUCAAGGCAUUUACCUUCCACUAAUUUUUGUUUGCAUUUUUAUUUUGUAGAGGGUUGGUUUAUAUCUUGUAUGUGUAUGCGCACACACACACCUGGUUUUUGCCUCUGCUCAUCAAAGUUCAGAAAUAUACUGGCGAUGUGCUUAGAGACAUAUCUAGAACUUUCUUUAUUGUAGAUCAGAACUUCAGGGAGCAAAAUGACCUGAAAGUGUAACAAGUUUUAAAUAGUUCUUAACACAAAUUAGGUUUAGUUGGUUCCCAUGUCUGAAUAUUUAUUUAAAAGAAAGCUAAACAAUGGCCUGUUAGAAAAGCAUGACUAAGUUUGAGUUACUAGAUUUUUUUACAUUUUGAGAAGACAUUUGAAAACACUGUUCUUAACAUUGAACCAUGAUAUGGUUUCAUUAUGUAAAUACUUCAAAUAUUAAAAUGUAUAUAUUUGAUCUUGGAGACUCAUGCUUUUAGAGUCUUGUAAAUAAAUGGCAUCAUGUUGUAAUUGUGUGGUGCAUACUAGAAAA